ACACAACCCUCAAGAGCAAAAUACGAUGCGAGUCCUAGUAGUCGGUGCCUCUGGUUUCAUCGGCUUCGGGGCUGCCCAGGCCCUAGUGCGCGCUGGACACAUUGUCUAUGGCGUGACGCGCUCAGAGGACAAGAAAAAGACGCUCGCAGCGGAAGAGAUAAUACCUAUCGUCGCUGAGACUGCGAACCCGUCACCCUGGCUCCCUCUGGCGGCCACUCUCGACGUAGUGAUCGAGGCGAUUGGCGGCUGGGACGUUGAGACCCUCUCCCCGAAGCUCUUGGAUGCCGUUGCUGAGGCUGUCAAGAAACACCGCCCUCCGCACGCUCCGAAGCUCGCCUACAUCUAUACCUCUGGGUCGUACGUUCACGGAGACAACCGAAAAGACAUCUUCACCGACACUACUCCCAUUACUCAGCCUAUCGAGCUUAGCAAGUGGCGGGCAGCAUUCGAGCAGAAAGUCGCUACCCAUUCUGUGCUCAACGGCAUCGUGAUCCGUCCGGCGAUAAUGUAUGGCAAGUCGGCAUCCUUCUUUAAGGUCAUGUUCCAGGCUGCACGCGCCGGCGGGACUAUCAAAUGGUACGGCAGCCCCGGAGUGAGGUACUCGCUCGUGCAUCAGGACGAUGUCGGUGAAAUGUACCGCCUGGCAGCUGAGAAGUCGGCCGUCAUAGGGGGACUGUGCUUCGAUGUGGCGAACGACUUCACGGAGAGCGUCGAUGACAUACUGCAGAGGCUCGUCGAGGUAUCUGGUGCACAGGGCUAUGAGUAUGUCGAGGCACAGACGCCGCUCGAGCGCGUCUUUGCAUCUUCAUUGCGUCUGCGCCUGUACCUGGCACGUAGCCUCCUUGGAUGGCAACCACGCAAAGCGGGGGUGGUAGAUUACAUGGAGAUCUACUACGACGCAUGGAAAGCAUCCCUUUAA